CUUUCGAGGUCAUAUACACUGACCAGUAAAAUCAAUUUAGCGGCAGAAACAGUCUAACAGGAUUUAACGCGUUUUCCAAUGAUAAAGUUGGUUCCUUAUCGGCACCGGUAAGACUCUGAGGUGGAGUUACCAUCAUGGCUGCCACGGUAGUGAAGCUGGCGGUGAUCCCAGCAGCAAUGGGAUUGGCCUCGUUUCGAGUUUAUGCCAUGAGUCAGUACAAAACAGAGACUGUGCUGCUCUCCCCUAGAGAGUUGUCCAUCUAUGCUCCAGACCCUCCAGCAACGCACUACAUGAAUGAGCAGCCUGGAGCUCUGCAGAACGGGCUGGGUGUGGUCCGGGUGGGGCUGCAACCAUACGUUACUGCCGUUAAGAAUGCUUAUACCUCUGUCAAGGUCGGAGCUGUAACAGUCUAUACUGCUGGACACGAUACAUAUGAGUUCCUGAGAGAUCCUUCUCCUGGUUUUAUGCCGAGGGUCGGUGUAAUCACAGUCUCUGGGUUAGCGGGUCUGAUCCUGGCAAGGAAAGGGUCACGUCUGAUGAGGCUGGGGGUACCUCUGGGUAUGGCCACUGUAGGCUCUUCCGUGUGCUACCCCACUCAGACAGUGGGUGUUGUAAAGAUCACGGGGCAGAAGAUGUAUGCAGCAAGCCAGUACACUACAUCAUCUAUGGCAUCCAUAUUUAAAUCAAAGCCCAAAGAAGAAACCCCCCCAACUGUCAGUCUUGAGCAAGCCCCCCAAGCUACCAUCCCUGAGCCAGAAGUAUCAGAUGCAAAGCCCCUCCCUGAAGCUGAAUCAUCUGAACCAGCCACGCCUGCUGUUGACAAGGCUUCCCCCACUGAACCUAGUUCUGCCUCAGGCCCCGUAGAGGGUGCUCCAUCUGUGGUUGAACCUGCCCCUCAGUCCACCACAGAGGUGGCCCCUGCAGAGGGUUCUAUUGACACUGAGCCUGCUGCAGCUGAACCUGAGGCAGUCACAGUGGUGGAGCAAGAGGCUGUUCAGACGGCCCUUGUGCCUGCCCCUGCACCUCCUGUUGAGGAAGCUGCUGAAGAGAUUCCUGCACCUGCCCCUGUUGAGGCUGUCCCUGUACCUCCCCCAGCAGCAGAAGUUAUUCCUCUCCCACCUCCUGCUGAAGAGACAGAGCUUCCACCCCUUGCAUCUGUUGAGGAGGAAGCUGCUCCUUCACCCCCUGCACCUGUUGAGGAUGCUGGUCCUUCACCCCCUGCACCUGUUGAGGCUGCUGCUCCUUCACCCCCUGCACCUGUUGAGGAGGAUGCUGCUCCUUCACCCCCUGCAGCAGAAGAGGCUGUCCCUGCACCUAUAGAAGGGGUUGCUGACCCACCUCCUGUAGCUGAAGAGACUGCACCUGCUCCUGUUGACGAGGCUACUCCUCCAGCUACAACAGAGGAGCCAUCUGGGAUUGUAACAAAAACUGCUGGGAAACCCAAAUUUGCACCAGACCCUAAGUUAAUUGACCUUGGCCAGGCCAGCCCUGAGGAUGCGGACCUGUACAGCACACGUGGAUGAAGAAUGACAGGAGGAGAAGAUCUGGAAAGCGGCACGUCCUCCCUCUACACAAAGGAGAAGAUCCUUUUGACUGAGAAAACUACCCUCCAAUUUCCAAGUUCUCACCUUUCCAAAGUUUUAGAAUCCCUGGCCAACUCUCAGCUAAGAACUUGUUUUACUUCUCAUUCUAUUUAAAUGUGCAACAAUCUGGUUUUAGACCCUUUCAGCUGCUACGCUUGUUUUAUAGCAUGUGUUAAAUUGUUUCUAGAUGUUGUGUUAAAUUGCUAGAUCAUAAAAACCAUUAUGCUGCCUUAUUUAUAGACCUUUCCAAGGCCUUCGACAUUACAUUCUCAUUCAAAGGGUGAUUGAAAUAUUUCUGGAUCAGGCUUCUUGCAAGUGGUUUGAGAAUUACCUGUCAGAUAGGACCCAAUGCCUGAUUUCUGUCAAGUCUAGUUUUACAAAAGGUGUACCGCAGAGGUCGGUAUUGGGACCUUUUCUUUUGACUAUUUAUAUAAAUAAUAUUGGUCUAUCAGUUAACUUUAUGCAGACGACACUGUUAUGUAUGCCAUUUCCCCAACUGUUGACAAGGCUAUGUUAGAGCUGCAAUCUGUUGGUCUUCCAGAAAGCCCUGGUUGGUUUAAAAGGUGUACUUAAUGCAGGCAAAACUAAAUAUACUGUAUGUUGUUCUCUAAUUCUUGCAAAAUGUUUCUAAUGAACUACAUAUUUAUUCAUUGGAUGGUACUUCCAUAGAUCGGGUUCCCGCCUAUAAAUAUCUGGGCAUUUGUAUUGACAAAAACUUAAUGUUUAAAAAACAUACGGAUGAGCAAGUUAAAAGCUCUCCCUUAAAUAGCAGGUAGCAGAUUGUAUAGUCAUCUUUCCUGACAGUUCUUCACAAUGGUGACACCAUUUACCAGAUUGCAGCAGUUACUACUCUUAAGCUUUGGAUGUCGUCUACCAUAGCGCCCUUCACUUUAUCACAGAUUACAUUUUUAAUACUCACCACUGCAUCCUGUAUCAAAAUGUUCUCUGGUCCUCAUUAAAGUCCCGUAUAUCACUUCAUUAUUCCCUUUUCGUUUUCAAAGCUCUACUACACAAGCUUCUGACCUACCUAAAUUCGGUGUUAAAAUCGAAAUACCAAACCAGUUCACAAGGUUGGCAAACUCUUGAGGUUCCUCGGUUCUACACCGAACUAUGUAAAUCCAAUUUUUAUUUUUAAAGCACCUCUGCUGAAACCAACUACAAAAUCCAUUAGAAUUGGAUGUUCUUGUGCCGCUGAGGCAAUUAAAAAUAUUGAUUUGGGGACCAUACUGAGCAAUGUAAUUGUUUUUCUUGAAUAUUUGUGUUGUGCUGUAUUUUACUUGUUUUUUAUAUUAUAGUUGAUUUUUGAGUUUAUUAAAUUGUAUAUGCCGGGUUCCCUUGUGAAAGAGACCCUUGUCUCAAUGGUGACUCCCUGCUUUAAUAAAGGUUAAAAA